UCCUACAUAAAAUCAUAUUCAAAGAUUUGCAUAUUCCCAACAAGAUUACAAACAAAUGGGCCUUUAAAAUUUCUGUGAAACUAGGCUCGUUUGCACGCACAGGAGUACAGGACUGUUUAUGAGGGUAGGGUGACGGCUGGAUUUCUUCUGCAAUCACUUGUUUGAACACGUUCCUCAUCAAUUUAGGUAUCGGAUCAGACGCCGCCGGCCGUCCAGCUGUGUAAUCGUGCUUCGUUCUGUAUCACCUGAAUUGAAUUCUGGAGUCUUAUAUUCGUACGCCACUGUAACUCUGUACCUACGAUGAAUACAAUGGAAAAUGUAUUUCAGCAGCUCUUAGCUGCUUCUGGCUCUUCCACAGUGAAAGAAUCACUUGACUGUCUCAUUGAAACUGCAAAAACUUCUGAUGGCCGAUUAGACCUUGCUUGCAAGCGUAUUGUUGUACCAGUACUCAGGCUCUGCCAGUCUCCACCUUCUGCCGAAGAACUUUUCUUGUCGAUAAAGCUGCUUAGAAACUUGUGUGCUGGAGAGAGUAAAAAUCAGGACCUAUUUAUUCAUCAAAACGGUGUUGCUAUUAUUUUGGGUCUCAUCAAAUCUAUGGGGUUUGUUUCCAGUAGUUCUGAUAAUAGGACACUUCAUAUGGUAUUGCAACUCUUGGGAAAUGUUUCAUUAGCUGGUGAACAACAUCAAGGCGUUAUAUGGCGCGAAAUGUUCCCCUUUGGAUUUCUAGAUAUUGCUAGAGUUCAAAGCAAGGAAAUAUGUGAUACUUUGUCCAUGGUUAUCUAUACAUGUGUUGAGGGCAGCAACAAGUCAUCCGUAGAGUUGCUUGGAGAUGCAGGAAUGGACAUUGUAGUAGAAAUUAUACGAACUGCUACAAUAGUUGGAUAUAAAGAGCACUGGGUGAAAUGGCUUCUGUUCAAAAUAUGUUUUGAAGAUUCUUAUUUUUCACCACUUUUCUCUAAAUUAUCUCCGGUUGCUGAAGAUGAGAACUCUGAUAUGAAUGUAGCUGGAAUUAAUAGUUUUGGAGCUGAACAAGCGUUAUUACUGGGUAUUCUAGCAGAAAUUCUUAAUGAGCAACUUGGAGAUAUAGUUGUUUCUAAUGAAUUUUCAUUGUUCCUAUUCAAGAUAUUGAGAAACAUUGUUGGGGUUGUUGACUUUAGUACUAGAGGAAAAUUGCGUCUUCCAACUGGUUCAGCUGAUGUCGACAUCAUGGGCUACUCCCUGUCCUUAUUAAGAGAUAUUAGUGCAUGCCAAGGUCAAAAUGUUAAGAACCAGGGUGAAGAUGCUGUAGAUAUGCUAGUCUCAGCUGGGCUAGUUAAGUUUCUUAUUAGAUUGCUCCGAGACCUAGAGCCUCCAGCAAUGAUUAGGAAAGUGGCGGUCGACAACAAUAAGGUAGAAGACUCAACUUCAAAGUCUUCAAAGUAUCAGAGCCCUUACAUAGGUUUCCGCAAAGAUUUGGUUGCCAUCAUUGGGAAUUGUAGCUACCGCAGGAAGCACGUUCAGGAUGAAAUAAGAGAACAAGACGGAAUUCUUCUUUUGUUACAACAGAACGUCACUGAUGAAGAUAGUCCAUUCUUGAGGGAGUGGGGCAUCUGGUCAAUGAGAAAUGUUUUCGAAGGUAAUGAAGAAAACCAAAAAUUAGUUGCUCAAUUGGAGCUCCAGAGAUCUGUGGAUACUCCUGAGAUCACUGAGAUGGGCCUCCGGGUAGAAAUUGAUCCAAAAACUCAGCGCCCAAAGCUUGUAAAUGCCUAAUCAAGUAUCGUGUGUUUGCCUGAAGGAAUGAGUUGGAGGGCGCCAUUUGUGUGUGGAAUGGAGAAACUCAUUGAACCAGGGGGUGAACAUGUGAACGUUGUCAUACACAAUAUCGUUCAUAGCUCGAGAAACACACUAGCUGACAGGUUAACGACAUUCUGGAGACUGCAGUAGCCAGCUGGUUUCUGCAUAAAUGCAUGAUAUAACUCAUUAGUGCAUGAUAUUUUCCAGUUCAAAGACUCUUAGCUUAUUUCCAGUCAUAAUAUUUUGUUUUACUUACCUUUUGCUUGUAAAAAUUGCUGUAUUUUGGUAGAUAUGCACUUGCAUUACUUAAAUCGAGUACUAUUGACAUUUUUUUUCUGGAAGACAAGUAUUUUAUUAA